AUGACGAAAUAGGUGAUGAAAGGGUUGAGUAAGAAUGCAAUUUGGGAGUGAAGUGUGGUAAAAAUGUGGAAAUAGAAACGGCCUCUUAGAGAUAGCAAUGUCGUUGGUCCCACAUCAUCUUGCAAUCACAAUCAUGAGAAGCAAAAGACACCGCGACAGCUGAUUCUAGUUCACCUGCACCUUUCAUCAGAUGCUGAUGGCCCCGGGAAUCGUGGCGAGAGAGAGAGAGAGAGAGAGAGAGAGAGAGAGAGAGAGGCACUUGGGCUCUCCUUAUUUAAAGGUGGGUGUGGGGCUUUUGUGUCUUUGGAGUUUGUGGGAUACUUGUAGUGGUGGUGCAAGUGAUGGGCAGGCAACCAUGCUGCGACAAGCUAGGUGUGAAGAAGGGACCAUGGACAGCUGAGGAAGACAAGAAGCUCAUCAACUUCAUCCUCACCAAUGGUCAGUGCUGCUGGCGGGCCGUCCCGAAGCUCGCCGGCCUCCUACGUUGUGGCAAGAGCUGCAGGCUCCGAUGGACUAACUACCUUAGGCCUGAUCUCAAGAGAGGCCUCUUGAACGACGCUGAGGAGCAAUUGGUUAUUGACCUCCAUGCCCGCUUAGGAAAUAGGUGGUCGAAGAUAGCAGCAAGAUUGCCUGGAAGAACUGAUAACGAAAUAAAGAAUCAUUGGAAUACCCACAUCAAGAAAAAGCUCAUCAAGAUGGGGAUUGAUCCAGUCACCCAUGAGCCCCUACACAAACAAGCUAGCCAAGGUUCUUCCCCUCCUACCAACCUUCCACAAUCAGAAGAUCAGCAGUUCGAAUUGCCAGAAUCCGAUGACCGCAUUGGCAAGGAGGAGAAUUUGAGCCCACAAGAAAAUUGUUCGAGCAGCGAAUUGUCCUUCGUCGACAACAGUAGCAAUGACGACCCACUAAUGAAUUGCUUGUUGGGCGAGAACGUCUCUUCUCUUAUCGACGCGUCUUGGAAGUUUCCAAGCGCCGAAGACGACUACAACAAUGUCGUGGGGUCCACAUGGGAAGAGAGCUGUGCAUGGUUAUUGGAUUAUCAGGAAUUCGGGUUCGAAGAAUUCGGCUUGGGUUGCAUGGAGAGCAUGGGUCCUAUGGACUGGAGUGACAAACACUAACAUGUGUUGAGAAGGGUCACGUUUAAUAGCACUAGUAGAUUAUUAAACGUUUCCCCUGCCAUGGCUCAUUUUAGAUUUUCCUUGAUUUGUUUGAGUACAGAACACACAAACCCCCCAAGAGAUAAAGAAUAAAAAAGGAAGAUUAAGGUGACAUAAUGCAGUCACUUGAUUAAUCCUUUUAAUAGCACCCAAUUGAUACAUGGCCAUGUUGUAAUUAGAUAAAAGACAGGGAUGCAUUUGUAAUAAUUACAAAGGAAAAUUGUACCAUUGUCAUGGAGGCCUCAGUGGGUCCUUUGAGUGAUGUGUUCUUGUAUUUCUGUACAUUUAAUGUGAAAAACCAGCAGAAAGUUUCAUA